GCUGGGAGGGGAGAAAGAGGCAGAGGGACAGGAUGAUUGUUAGGAUGAUGAAUCAGACAUUCAGUUGGGAGGAUUAAAUUUGAGGAGGCACGAGGCCAACGGAGAAGCUUGGAGACCCGCGGUUGUUUACACCGACCUUUUAAUACCUCUAAGCCAGAAAUAGAACCAGAGGGAGACAGAGAGAAGGGGGAAAAGUGUAUCUUCUGGUUGCUAAUGUGAAUUACGGACUGCAGAUACGCAGAGAAGACAAAUUUCCCAGACGUGACUAUUAUUGCCAGGAUCUGAAGACUUCAAAAUAUGUUCUUAAGACUUACAGAUUUUUCUGGGGAAAGGAAUUUAUGAAAUUAUAUGAAUAGAGAUCAUGGGGGAAAGAGCAAAAAGUUCAGAUACUGAUCAAGAAAGUAAGUCAGGCAAACGCCGUUACUCUUAUUGUUCAUCUGAUUUUGGAACUACACCACAAUCUUCUGGUGAGUCAUCAGUGGUCAAUCCCGCUUCACCUACAAAUAUUAAAAGAGAAAUUUCAGAGAACAAAGUGCAUCAUCAAGCCCCUAGGAAACCAAGCCCUAAGGGCCCACCAAACAGAAAGGGAGUCCGAGUGGGAUUUCGCUCUCAUAGCCUCAAUAGGGAGCCAAUUCGGAAAGAUACAGAUCUUGUUACAAAGCGGGUUCUUUCUGCAAGACUGCUAAAAAUCAGUGAAUUGCAGAAUGAGGUAACUGAACUCCAGGUCAAGUUAGCUGAGCUGCUGAAAGAAAACAAGGCUUUGAAAAGGCUUCAAUACAGACAGGAGAAAGCCCUGAAUAAGUUUGAAGAUGCAGAAAAUGAAAUCUCACAACUUAUUGCUCGUCAUAACAAUGAGAUUACAGCACUCAAAGAACGCUUAAGAAAAUCUCAAGAGAAAGAACGGGCAACUGAGAAAAAGGUGAAAGAUACAGAAGGUGAACUAUUGAGGACAAAAUUUUCCUUACAGAAACUGAAAAAGAUCUCUGAAGCUAGACACUUACCUGAACGAGAUGAUUUGGCAAAGAAACUGGUUUCAGCAGAGUUAAAAAUAGAUGACACUGAGAAAAAAAUUAAGGAACUGUCAAAAAACCUUGAGCUAAGUACUAACAGUUUCCAACGGCAGUUAUAUGCUGAAAGGAAAAAGGCACAUGAGGCUCAUGAUGAAAAUAAAGUUCUUCAGAAAGAACUACAACGACUAUAUCACAAAUUAAAGGAAAAAGAGAGAGAACUAGAUAUAAAAAAUAUAUAUUCCAAUCGUCUGCCAAAGUCCUCUCCAAAGAAAGAAAAAGAAAUGACAUCAACAAAAAGUGCUGCAUGCCAGAGUGAUUUUACAGACCAGUGUACAAAAGGAGUACAAACCAGUGAAGACUUCAUACUGGAAGAAUUUCCUAUAACACCACAAACAGGUGUGUGUUAUGAAAACAAAUGGGAAGAACCUGAACAUCUUACUUUGGGCCUGGAAUCUCAGGAGGAAAAUGAGCACGAAGCAGCCAAGUCUCUAAACCCAAUUGUGGAAAGAGAAGGAAAACUCAUUAAAGAUCAAGGACUUGAUAUACAACAGGAGAUUGAAACGCUGGAGGAUGAGUGGGUAAACACAGAACCUGCUAAAAAGCAAAAUGAAAAGACAUCUCUAUUUGAGAGAGGAGAAAAGCCAGCAUUGGAAACUGGAAGAUACCAAAUGGAUACAUAUCAAAUUCAAAAUGUUGAUAUAUUGGAAGAGGAGGAGAAAGACAGACUGAAGAGAGAAAUGCUACUUGCUAAGCUGAAUGAAAUCAACAGAGAACUCAAAGAUUCUCAGAAUCUAAAAUGCCCUCCUCUGCCAUUGCUACCUGAUUUAGAAUCAAAACUGCACUCCCCCAAAAGAAGCCCCCAAACAUACACGUUCUUGGACUCCUCAGAGAGAUUAUUUAAUGGACAUCAUUUUCAAGAUAUUGGUCUCUUAACUACAAAAAGAGAUGAUCAGCAAUCAGGAGAAAGGAGAAGCCCAGCUGCUUCAGAUGAGCUUGCAUUUGGUAGCUAUGUGCCUUCAUUUGCAAAAAUAACAGGGAGGUCAGAUCCAUUUAGCCCAAAAAGUGGCCUUUUGGAUUUCCAAAGAAAUAGUACAGAGAAAUUUGGUAAAGACAGUGUAGAUUUUAUUACAAGAAAAGAGAAAAAGGCUAAUCUGAUGGAACAGCUAUUCGGUGCCGCUGGCAGCAGCACCAUUUCCUCCAAAAGCAGUGACCAAAGUUCUCUGGCUACCAGCAAAACAAACCCUCUAAAUCUUCUCCCUGGGGAUAAAAGCAGCAAGGGCAGAGAAUAUGACGAAGAUGAUGACCUUUUUUUGAGUGAAGGAAGAAGUUUUAAUCCAAAUAGACAACGAUUAAAACAUGCAAAUAAACCAGCAGUAAAAGUAGUUGAUUCUGUAGAAGAUGAAAUUGAAGAAGUAGCACUGAGAUGACUGACUACCAUAUGCAUUUUUCCCAAUUGUAAAUAUUAAAGUAUUUUAAUACAGUAUUUAUUAUAAACAUUUAGAUUUUCUAAUAUUAAAAUAUCCUCAUUAAGGACCAAUUUUUAAUAAAUACAGUGCAAAUGAAAAUAUCAUACCACAUAGCUACUUGGCCAAGCAUUAAGGGGACUCGAAUGAAACUAGAGAUAUUUCUUGUUUUUGAUUUUUUUAUUUACAAAGUUUUUACCUCUUAAACCAGUGCUUGGGGAGUUCAUAUUAAUUUCCUACUUUGAUCCCUAUUUGUGGUCAUAUCCUUACUGAGCUAAAUGCAGUCUUCCUGCUCAUAGUUACAUGGAAAUUAAGGGUCAAGGGCCUUCUUGUGUUGGCAAGUGUAGCUUUAGGGUGGUGGUGAAUCAGUGCUGCUUAGAACCCAGUCCUCUGGAUAACCUCUGGAUAAGGGCAGGGGUCCCUUACAUGGCAAAACUGAGCUACUCUAAAGCGACAACAGUGACAACAUUGGGAUUUCAUAUUCUGGAAAUGAGUAGCGUUUAACUAUCUAGUUUAAACCAUUUACAAAUCUCAUUAACUCACUUGCCUACAUCUAUUAGGUUGAGUUAAGAAGACAUUUGUCUGUUUGCAUGGAUAAGUCCUCUGUCAUGGCUCUCAGAGGCUUGGAUACAGUUUAAUCAGCAAUACAGUUUAAUCCUUGUAUCUUAGUGACUGAGUAUGAGAUUUUGUACCAAAUACAAGGAAUAGAGGAAAUUUCAUCCCCAUUUAGAUUUUCAGCUCAAUUAUGUUUCCAGAGUAAUGCAAUUUGGAAAUUUUAAUAUCUAAUUUUAAGAUUUGAAUUUACCCUCAAACCAAAGAAACAAUAGUGUGAUGUUGACAUAAAGGACUAAUUUUAAAGCAAGCUAGGCUAAAGAUGUUUUAGAGGUGUGGCUUCUGCCUUACUGAAUAUGGCGGUGGUUUUCUUUGUUACUGAAAUGCAUUGGGCGGUCUUUUGCUCUUUCGUGGCUGGCUUCAGCUGUGUAGGAGUUGAUUAUGCUGGGUGCGAUUCCUGUUCAGGAAGCAGUAGUACACCACCACCAGAGAGAAGCCACUUAAAGAGUGGUGGAAAUAGUAUGCCAGAGGAAGAACAGAAAAUAUGUACAUUGGCACUUACUCAAAAAUGAGCAUUCCCCCCCACCUCCAUGAAUCAUACUAUGAGCAAAUACUAUGUAUGCUCAUAGUAUGAUUUCUGAUGCCAAGCAUACAUAUUGAUGAUGGAACUAGAGUUAGUUUUAUCUUGAGUUUUUAUAAAUGCUUAUUAUUGAAUAUCAUUUCUUAACUAUUUGACAAGACCUACCUGGUUAGGUCUCUAAUUAAAAGAUAUACCGCCUAUCAUCUCAAUUGUGUUCCUUUCAUUUAUUGGGAACAGAAUCAAAAGUGCUAAACUAUAUUAAAUGUUAAUAAAGUUUUUUACUUCUGUUAAUAUAUAAGCACUAAUAUAUUGCAAAUCAUUCUAAUAUAUGUAAAACAAUUUUGUAAUGCAGUUCUUGUUAAAAUAUUAUGUAAUGUUAAUUUUGUUCCUAGCUAUUUUUUCUGUUAAAUUUUGUGUUAAAGUCUUUUUAAAAAGCUAUUAAGCGGUUUUAUUUUCAAGUCACUUUAGUCUUUUUUCAUACUUGAUGUUUUCUAGUCUCUUUAGCCAGAUGCAAUACGACAAUAAUUCAACCCGAAAUUAAGUUACAGACUUAGAAGCAUUAUGGUGUGAAGCAUAGAAAUUGGAGAGUAAACAUACAGAACAAGUUAUGAUCAAACCUUAGGGAGUGAAUCAUUUUCUUCUAAAUGUCAGGUUAUUUGUACUUAGAACUCUUACUAAUAAAAAUUAAAAGCACACUAUGACUCUUUUUUGAAUGACACCUUACAUCACUUAAGAAAUACGUAGUGGAAACAGGACCUGCAGGGUUUUUAUUUCAUUUUUCACCUUUUUUGAUUCAGUAUUUUUAGUUGAAAUAGAUGAAUUUGCUCUAAUCAGGUUAGACAGUGUGCUAGUCUUAUCAGAUAAUUAUAGUUUAAUCC